GUCUCUCUCCCAAAACCAUAAAACCUCUUUUAAAGCCUCACAUGAACAGAAAAGUUCACUGCCUCCUCUUAGUAAAACUUGAAUACAAGAAAACCCUCUUUCUUUUCGAAUAAAAGUUCAAAAAUAACUAUAAUCUCUAUAAGUUUGUCUUUUUAGUUCCAGUUAAGUUGUACAUUUUCCAUUUUCUAUUGUAUUUUGAAAAUUUACAAGGGAAGUUGGUAUUGUUUUUGCCAGAAAAGUCCAAACUCUCACGUCUUAAUCUCUUAUUCUAAACUGUCACUCUCUCUAUCUAACCAAUACAUACCCUGCAACAAGAAAACAAAACAAGUACAUUUUCAAACCAAACAAGAAAAGUUUGGUAAAAAUUUUCUGUUCAAAACUCCUUUUCUCCAACCAAAAAAAUCCUAUUGUCUGCCAAUAGGAAAUGGAGUUGUUACGAAUUUGUACCAAUCAGUUCAAUGCUUUUCAAACUCUUCUUUUCAAUUAGAGUAUAUAUAGAGAGAGCAGUAGUAUAAUACCAUCCAAAAAAAGAAAGCUUGCUCAUGAAUUUGUUUUCAAGCCUUGAACUCUUUUUUUUCUUCAAAUAAACACAUUACCCAGAAGAUCGUUCAUUGCCUUUAUAUAUCAAACCAAGGAAGGUUUUGCAUGGACAAAGUAUCAACAAUAACGGCAUUGACUGCAAGAAGGCCAAAAUGGCAGUACCCACCAGCGCAACCAACACCAAGAAUACUGCAUUUACCUCGAAGGCCUCGCAGGAAAGCUACAGCAAAGGCUAGUGCUUCGAAAUCAAGUUCAUCACAAAGAGAAAGGAAAGGAAAGCUGGAGAGUUUGUUUGAUCAAGAAAGAGAAUUUGCAAGAGGGCUUAUGCCUCUUAUAAUGGUACGUGGUGAAAAGGAUGAUGAGUGUGACGAGGAGAGGAGAGUGAGAGUGGAGGAAAGAGAAAGUGUGGUGAUGGAAGAGGAGAAGUGGAGGUUUCAAGCUGAGAUGUUGAGGGCAGAGUGUAAUUUGUUACGGAUGGAGAGAGAGAUUGCUGUGAAGAAGAUGGAGAGGAGAAGGGUUCAGGUGGAAAGAGCUUUAAGAUCUGCUAUUCAAACUUUGCUUUCUGGGAGAGAAAAGUUGUGUAAUGGAAAGAGAGCAAGCAUGGUUUUGGAAGAAGAGAUCAUUGAAUUGGCUGAAAAACUAGAGAAAUUGCAGAGAAGGUCAAGGCAUAAGUGUAUAGAGGUUCGAAAUUGUGGCAAUUUUGAUAAACAAGCCCAUCUUCUUCAAAGACGGCUAGAGAAGUUUGCAGGAGAAUCUGACGAGGCAUGCGUGAAGGAGAUUCAAGAGAUGGCAGAAGCGAGUUUGUCCAUCAAAACUACUUGCAGCAGCGUCAAUGAAACUUCUGUUUCAAGUUUUAGCGCUAAUAAUAUGCAGAUGGAGAUUCUAAGGAAAAAAAUGGAAGGAUUAUCAAAGGAGCAUCUGUUAGAGAGGAUGGAAGAGGAAUGCGGGCCAAUGCUCUCUACAGCCAACACUUCUGGUUCUAGUUCUGUUGCUAAUUGCAAGCGAAUUGAAUUACAGGAGAUGUCUUCGUCGUCCAUGAGACCACAGAGCAAGGAGAGAAAGUUGUACGAGGAGAGGGCAUGCUCAGGAUGCUGCAAGGCUAUAGUGCAAAGGGUUGUGGAGCAAGUUCGAGCUGAAACGGAGCAAUGGUCUCAAAUGCAAGAGAUGCUGGGACAAGUAAGGGAUGAGAUGGAAGAAUUGCAGGCUUCCAGAGAUUUUUGGGAAGAUCGAGCACUUGAUUCUGAUUAUCAAAUUCAAUCUCUACAAUCUGCAGUGAAAGAGUGGAGAAGGAAAGCUGUUUCUUCUGAAGCCAAGGCAAAUGAGCUACAAGCUCAGGUAAUGGAGCUAUCCACUGAACUUGAAAAGUUGAAGAAGGAAAAGGCUAAAGAAACUAUCAGGACCAAGAAUCAAAAACUAAAUCCACACACAGAGUCACCGAAUGAGAUGGAGAAAAGGGUACUGGUUUGUCGGUUGAAAGAAAAUCGGCAAGCUAAUUGCGGUGAUGGCAGCAAGCAGAAGGAGAUGUUUGCUGAUGGAAGAAAAAAGUCUCACAGUCUUAAUGCUUCUAAAAGAUCGCCAUUUAGAGAGAUUGGAAACUCAUCGUCCCCAUUGUCAAGGCAAAAUAGCAGGGCAGUUUUUCCAUUGCGCUGUUCCAUCCCUUCCAAUUUGCAGCAAAAACUAUAAUCCUGUCUAAUCUUAACUGAGAGAGUUACACGUGAAUAGAGGAGUUUUUUGGUUAUUGGACUUCUCAUA